AUGGAUGCCAUGAAGCCCAUGAAGGUAGCAACACUAGUGAUGUCCAAGGAAAGUACACCAACACUAUCAGUUGUUGCACCACUUCAUGCUCAGCUCAUCCAUGAUUUACAAGAGAGUCCAUCUGAUUCCACCUUGGUGAAAGAAAUCAGAGCAGCCAUUUGUGAGGAUCUGAGCAAGAGGUACAAGGAUCAACAUAAAGAGACUAUGUAUUUAUGCUCGGCACUGGAUCCACGAUUCAAAGCUUUGCCCUUCCUUCCUGACCAUCAACAAGAUGAAAUCUACAUGAGAGUCAUUGCAGAGGCUGGAAGAAUUCAUGACUCAUUUCAGAAAGAGGUUGAUCUGGAGAUCGUGACUGAGGUGAUGCCUGUGGAGCAAGACGAUUCUGAAGAAGUUAAAGAAAACUGUGCUGCUGGCCCACCACCCAAGCGAACAAAGGACAUGUACAGUUUGGCUGAUUUACUUGGUCCAACCUACUGUGCAGGUACUGCUGUGAGACAAAGAACCACACAGGACCAUGCAGAAGAAGAGGUGACAAGGUACAAGGAGGCACCAGCCUUGUCCCUUUCAGAGGGAAAUCCACUUAGUUGGUGGAAAGAGCAUCAGAAUGAAUAUCCACUCAUGUCACAGCUUGCAAAAAUGUACCUGUGCAUCCCAGGGACCAGUGUCUCCUCUGAGCGUGUAUUCUCGACAGCAGGAGACAUUGUCACUACUCAGAGAAGUGCACUCAGCUCAGAUCAUGUUGACCAAAUUCUGUUUCUAAACAAAAAUCUUUAA